ACAGUUUCCCUGAGAGCCGAAGAUGGCAGUGAACGUAUACUCAACGUCAGUCACCAGUGAUAAUCUAAGUCGACAUGUCAUGCUGGCCUGGAUCAAUGAGUCUCUGCAGUUGAAUCUGACAAAGAUUGAACAGUUGUGCUCAGGGGCUGCCUAUUGUCAAUUUAUGGACAUGCUCUUCCCUGGCUCCAUUGCCUUGAAGAAAGUGAAAUUCCAAGCUAAGCUAGAACAUGAAUAUAUCCAGAACUUCAAAAUACUACAAGCAGGUUUUAAAAGGAUGGGUGUUGACAAAAUAAUUCCUGUGGAUAAAUUAGUAAAAGGAAAGUUUCAGGACAAUUUCGAGUUUGUUCAGUGGUUCAAGAAAUUUUUUGAUGCAAACUACGAUGGAAAAGAAUAUGACCCUGUAGCUGCCAGACAAGGUCAGGAGACGGCAGUGGCUCCUUCUCUUGUUGCUCCAGCACUGAAUAAACCGAAGAAGCCUCUCAGCUCUAGCAGUGCAGCUCCACAGAGACCCAUUUCAACACAGAGAACUACUUCGACUCCUAAGGCUGGCCCAGGGGUGGUACGGAAGAAUCCUGGUGUGGGCAACGGGGAUGAUGAGGCGGCUGAACUGAUGCAGCAGGUCAAUGUAUUGAAACUUACUGUUGAAGACUUGGAGAAAGAAAGAGAUUUCUACUUUGGAAAGCUAAGGAACAUUGAGUUGAUUUGCCAGGAGAAUGAGGGGGAAAACGACCCUGUAUUGCAGAGGAUUGUAGACAUUCUGUAUGCCACAGAUGAAGGCUUUGUGAUACCUGAUGAAGGGGGCCCACAGGAGGAACAAGAAGAGUAUUAACACCAUUGACCAGCAGAGCAACAUCGGAAUUCUUCACUCCAAAUCAUGUGCUUAACUGUAAAAUACUCCCUUUUAUUAUUCUUAGAGGAUUCACUGGUUUCUUUUCAUAAGCAAAAAGUACCUCUUUUUAAAAGUGCACUUUGCAGAAGUUUCACUCCUUUUCCAAUAAAUUUGAGUUAGGAGCUUUUACCUUGUAGCAGAGCAGUAUUAACAUCUAGGUGGUUCAUCUGGGGAACAUAGAGGCUGACUGAAUAAAUAAAUAAAUAAAUGCCUUAAGAGUAUUUAAAAUAUGCUUCCAUAUGUCAAAAUAUAAAAUGUAAUGAGACAGAAGAUUUUAUGUGUCUGACGUUGUGCCUGGGAAGGAAAGGGCAGACCUUGGAACCUUCAGAACCUGCUGUUACAGGCCUUGCAGGGCUGUUUGAUUGAUUCCUCACAUGCCAAGGCUUUGGCCCACAAGGAAAGUUUAAGAAAUUGCUUUGUAAAGCCAUUUGGUGUCAUUGACCAUCUGCAUCCCUGCUAAAUGCAAGCGGCAUGGUUGCUUAGAUGAAUGGAAGGUAUUUAGCCCUAAGAUGUUUGAGGUGAACAGCUCGAUUUUUAUUGAGCAUUUCUCUGAUAAUUUUUUGGUUAUCCUUAAAAUUUCUGUGUAUUGUUUUGGGGAAAUGAGGUGUGUCCAGUUGUACAAUCUAAACAACUACUGGGAACUUGCCCACAUCUCUGCGAUUGGAUGGGAGUGUGUCCUGUUGUGUUGUCUUUAAGUUUACAGUUAACAUGUUCCUCUUCUCUACUCCCCUUGCCCACUGGGACUUCCCUCUGACUCCUAAGUUUGCUGCUUAGCAUUGCAAAUGCAGCGGGCAGGUGAUCUUGCUGCAAGUUCUUGCUGGACCUCUGGCAAAGGGCGUGACCGGUGAAGGCCAUCGUUACCUUGGGAUCGACAAGGCUGGGGUGUCUUGGUAUCUGCUGUCCACAGCUCUCCACUCUUACCUGAAUACUUUGCCAGUGCACUAAUCUCUUUGGAGAUAAAAUUCACUAGUGUGUAACUAAAUGUUAAUUUUCUUUUGCAGAAAAUCCAGUACCAUGCCUGAAUUAAUUAUUAAUAUUUAAAAUAUUUCAUUCCUUAACUCUCCCUCAUUUGCUUUUUGUCCAUGGCCUAUUCAGUCUCUUUGUUUGGCAGAAUACUGCAAAAUAUAUGUUACCCACUACUGAGAUUGUUGAGCCCCUGAUGUGAUUGUAUUGAUUUGUUUCUGGUGGUAGCUUGUCCUAAAAUGUGUGUAGAAAACAGGUAUUUUAUGAUAAAAUUGUUGUGUAGCGCAUGCUCUGUGUGGAAUUCAGAGGAAAACCCAGAUUCAGUGAUUAACAAUGCCAAAAAAUGCCAGUAACUAGCCAUUGUUCAAAUAACAGUGGUGCUAUUUCUCUUUUGUGGCCUUUUAGACUUUUGUUGUUGUCCUAAAAUUCCAUUUUAUUGGGAAACCAUUUUCCACUUGGUCUUUCUUGACAGGGUUUUUUUCUACUUUAAACAGUUUCUAAAUAAAAUUCUGUAUUUCAAGAGUG